CACACGCAAUGCGGAGCAUUUGCCUUGUUGCGCUUAUCGGCCUGCCAGGAGCGGGCAAGUCCUCGCUGUGCACCUGGCUGCUGGGUCAGCAAACUGCCCUCCGCGUCCGCCACAUCGUUCAUCUGUGCUACGACGACUUCCUUGAUGCUACACCUUCGGCUGACCUGGCCUAUAAGGAGCAGCGCGGCCGCAUUUUUAAAGUAAUUGAAAAACUCAUUUCCGCCAUUCAAGAAGACACCGAUUGGCCGCCUCAAGUCCGCCGCAUUUCCUCCAGUGGUGAAUCCAACAGCGAAAGGCACCUCAUCCUGUGCGACGAUAACUUCUACUACCGCAGCAUGCGCCACACGCUUCACCAACUGUGCCGAGACUCUGGCUGCGUCUUCGGACAGAUAUACAUUGCCCGAUCGCUUGACUCCUGUCUGCAGGCGAACUCGGCUAGGAGCAAUGCCACUCGAGUGCCAGUGGACGUGGUGCGGCAGAUGAACGAGCGGCUAGAGGCGCCAGACACUUCGGAAGCCUGGGAACGCAACAGUAUCACACUUCAUGAUCUGGAUAACAUAGGAUCUGCGUUGCUUGCAUUCAUUAGUACCUUGCUCGACUUGCCCACGAAGAAGGCGACGACGGACUUGCCAACGGCGGCAGCAAGAGGCCUACGGCAAGAUCAGUCUCUGGUGCACUGCCUGGAUCUGCUCCUGCGGACGCGCAUUGGGGCAUUGCUCGAAGAACUGGCACAAGACGAGGACAAGCGCUUGGCGGGCCAAACACUGAACAAUAGGCGCAAGGAAAUAUUGAUAAAAUUCCGCACAGAGGGCGGCGGCAACCAGAGAGACGGCGAUGGUGAGGAUGACGCCUUGGAAUACUAUGUAAAUUUGUUAAACUAGGCUAAGAUAAGCUAAAUUCGUUUGUGUGCCACACACUUAUGUACGUAGCGACCUAAAUACAUACAUAUGUUACUAAA